AUGGCGUAUUCUUCUCUUCGAAGUCCGAAUUUGUCACCUAUGUCCCCAAUCGUGGAAGAUUUUCUUUCUGAUUCUAAUAGUACACUUACAUCAGAUGAGCCACUGUCCCCCACAUUGCAGCCUCAACGAAAAUAUAGUUUAUUAAAAGCCAAGCCAACAACUCAACUUACUUUAGACAUUUCUUCACCAACAACGUAUAGUUCUUCUUCUGCAGGAUCUUCGGUAAAAAGUUUCAACGCAAUUUCCAAUAAAAUAGAAAUUGGAGUUUGUGGCGAAGUUCGACCAAAAGAAGGCAGUGUGGAUGAUAUAUUGUUAGGUCUCAUGAACAGAUCUAAUUCAAAUGAACUUCAUAUAAAUAAGUUUCUUUCUACUUUUGGUAACGCUCAAAGGAAAGAAAUCGAUUCAGAUAAUGAAACCGAAAGUGAAGGAGAAGGAAUAGAACAAGCCGAUUCAUAUAUAGAUUCAGAUAUUUCAUUGGAAAAUAAUUGUGGAAAACCCCUGCUACGAAGUCCAAAUAACUCAUUGAUUUCAAUCAACGAAGAAUGUACAGGCUAUCGCCGCAAAUACGGAAAUGAAGAUCCCCAAUCCACUAACUGGACACGUCACAGAAAACAUUUCUUUAUUCUAAGUAGUGCUGGAAAACCUAUUUACACGCGAUAUGGGGACGAAUCCAGAAUAUCGAGUUAUAUGGGUGUAAUUCAGGCAAUUGUUUCAUUUUUUGCUGAUUCUGAUGAUACAAUAAGAUGUAUAAAUGCGGGACAACAUAGAUUUGUAUUCUUACUUAAAGGACCUUUAUAUCUCGUUGCUGUAUCACGAACAAACGAAUCCGAGGCUCAACUUAGGGAUCAAUUGAAUUAUUUAUAUAAUCAAAUUUUGAGCAUAUUAACUUCUACACAAUUGACAAAGAUCUUUGAACAAAGAAUUAAUUUUGAUCUGCGCAGAUUAUUGGGAGGUACUGAACCUUUUUUGGAUAAUCUUGCUACGUCCAUGAGUGACGAACCAGGUUUUAUGCUUGGUUCAAUACAAUGUGUGCGAAUGAAUAAAGAUUUACGUGACAAAAUAGGAAACAUAAUGCAAUCGGUUAAAUCUAAGGAUCUUCUGUACGCAAUGUUAAUAACAAAUAGAAAAUUAAUAACCCUAUUGAGACCUAAAAAACACAGUCUUCAUCCCGCAGAUUUACACUUGGUUUUCAAUAUGGUCAAUGGGUCUUCGACUUUUAGAUCAGCAGAAUCGUGGACACCUAUAUGCCUUCCAAAAUUCAAUAAUAAAGGUUUCCUAUAUGCAUAUGUAUGCUAUAUCGCUACCAAUGUUUGUUUGCUUUUAAUUUCACCUGACAAAGACAAAUUUUUUGAGCUAUCAGAAGCCAAAAGUAUUAUAGUAGAGAAGAAACGUUACGAUGCGAUGGUUAUUCAAUUGGUUAGUUGGUUAAAAGCUUUAUUUACAACUGAUGUAGGUGUCCCCGGGCUGCGUCACUUUAUUUACAAAUCAAGAACGCACGUACAAUAUACAUCACCAACUUUUGUGGAGCCAUAUUGCAAUCCUCAAGAACGACAAAUAUUGUUCAAAUUAUAUCGCUAUACACAUGAUCGGAUGCACUCUCGGGUGAGAUCUCUCAAAGUUCAUUAUUAUGUGGGCCCAUCGGAAACAAUAUUGGGAUGGAUAACUUCAAGUUUUGAGUUAUAUGCAGCAUUCGGUCCACUUAUAUCAAAAUCAGCAUUGACUUCUUCUUCACAUGCGUUGUUAAGGUGGAUCAAGAGAGAAGAGGAUAAUCUAUUUAUUGUUAAUUCUCCAGUGUUUUAA